UCUCAAAAUUUUGAACCCCUGUACUGAAUUUUUCCAGAGAAUAAAGGAGUUCUUUUGAGCGAUGACAAAAUCGAAAUUGAAAUUAUGCUCCAAGGAAAAAAAUCCCGUCUUAAUCUCCCGGAAUUUUAAACAUGCAGGGUUCGUAUAUAUAUACUGGCAUUAUCCUGUUCCAUUUGACACUUGAUUGAGACUAAUAAGUUUCGAUCAUUAACUUUGAUUGUCGAAAUCUUGAGUCAAUGGAGGAGAAAUCAGAACUGGAAAAUGAACUGAUGCGCUCCACUUCUCCAAAACCGAGUGUACCGAAUGGAUCUAAAGGAAACGAGUGUGAACAACGCGAGACCAGAAUAACGAAAGAGAAUUUGUACAUGGUAUUAGCGCUUUGGAUGGAAGAGUUUCCGGUCGUGGAACAAACAAGCAGUGCCAAACGACUUAACAAAGUCGGUGUAGUGUUCGUAUUGCCAACCGAUCGUGUCUUGGCUGCCGACUGUAGUCGCGAUGGCGUCCACGGAGUCGCCCGUGUUAUGGUUAACCACUGUGGAAAGCUUGAAGGUUGUAAAGUGUUUGUAUCCCGGAAGCCUUGUUCCCUUUGUGCUAAACUCCUUGUACAGUCAAAAGUUUCUCGUGUGUUCUACCUACCAAUAGAACCAGAAUCAGAAAACGAAGGAGAAAUAGCAAGAGCGGAUAACCUCUUCAAAAACAGUUCCGUCGGUCAAUCCGUGUUCGUUCCUUGCGUUGAACAAAAGGUUUUGGACAAACUCGAGGACAAGUUACCGAAAGAAAUAAUAACACCAGAUGACAUCAGCGAAUGUCGCGAUAACCUCUUGAAAAAAUGCGGGUGGAGCGCCGAGUGGUUUGCUCGCGCCCAGGCAAGUCUUCCUUGGCCAUGCUUUGAGGGCAAGAUGAAAUCUCAGGUUGACAACGAUUUCAAAUCCUUGAUAAAAUGGAUCGCCGUUGUCAAGGCCCCUAUGGACAAAGGUGUUGCUUUCCCAAAGGUUAAGCUUACGUCUGACUCUCGUGUCGUUCCUGAUUGCGAUGCUGACAACUUUCCAGACUCUAAAACAGCUUACCACAUGAUGAUUUUUGCGAAAAUGCUUGCUAGACAGACAGAUGACCCCAAGACUGGUGUAGGAGCUGUCAUUGUUAGAGGUCAAGUUCCAGAUAUCGUGUCUCUGGGUUGGAAUGGCUUCCCAUCCAAAGCAUUGUAUGGCGAGUUUCCAAGAGCUUCCGAUGACGACCGUGCGCUUCAAAAAAAGUUUCCCUAUGUUAUCCACGCCGAGCAAAACGCUCUGAUGGUAAGGAAUGUCAAGGAUUUGACAGACGGAAUCCUGUUUGUUACCAAGCCUCCAUGUGAUGAAUGUGCUCCAAUGAUCAAGCUUAGUGGCGUAAAAACCAUCGUAAUCGGCGAGAAAAUAGAGAAGAGUCGAGGCGGAGAACUGUCCUACAACCUGAUUAAAGAGUACAUUAAAGAAGGGAUCAUGACCUGCUAUCAGAUGGAGGCCACAAAAACAAAAGCAAAGCGUCUGGCUUCUGAUCCAGAAACAAGGAAAAGACUGAAAUCGAGCUGCUCGAAUUCAAAUGAUGUUUGAACGUUUCGAAGAAAUCUGUAAACAUUGGAUGAUUCAUAACAAUAUAAAUAACUAGGAUUUCCUUCUGGUUGAGGGAGAUUAUUUUGUCAUUGAUUUGGGUAACUUGUACUCUAGAAAAAUUUAACCAGUUCCAAUCAAGGAAAAUUGUCCGAUGUUUACCUAACCAAAGAAAUUUGAUAAUUUCAAUUUUAUAACUUCUCAUACCGUCGAAGAAUGUCUAGUUUCGAUAUCGACAGAAGCAUUGUUGAGCAACUACACUUGUCUGUUAUGGUUAACAUUUGUCUGGCUUGAAUGUUUAAAAAUUUUAUAAAUCUCUAUUUGGUUCUAUGCCUGAUGUUCGUUAUCCUGAUCUAAAACUAAAACACAAGUUUACAUGAAAUUCAAUGCGAGAGUUUCAUAUCGGCUGCAUACUUUUAAAACAAAUAUCUCUGGAUCUGCGGCUAAGAAACAGAACAAAACUUUUUACUCAAUUAACUGUAUUAAUAUAUUGUUGUUGUUUUUGUUUUGUUUUAAGUUUGAAAAUAUUGUAUAAUUUUGUACACCAAGAAAGGAUAAGGUAUAGCAUUACAGUGGCUACAGAUGCAUGGAUAUUUACUGAAUAGAGGAGACGACUGUAUUAUAUUAGGAUGGUUGUUAUAUCAACUGUAAGGAAUAGUUUUUAUGAACAAAAUUAGCAUUCAUUUCAAUAAAGC